UUAGUUUCUUUAAAUGGAGAAAGAAAACAAAAAAUGAUGCCAAUGGUAACUCUGGAAUGGAUCCUAUUCCUAUCUAUAUUUUAAUCUCCUCGAGAAAAUCACUCACACACACAUACACAAACAAAAGACAAAGCUUGAAGAAAAAGAAAAUCUAAUAUUAAUGCUAUGCUAUACUAUGGUCCUCCAUAUUAUUAUUCCAUUGUAGGAACAAAAGUUAUCUAGACAAAGAGACCUUAUCAUGUUCGGCGGUAGAAACAUGGGCGGUGGUGGUACUGGAGGAAGGUUGGUAAGGUCAUUUGGCAGAGCUGUGACCAGGUCUAAUAUCGCUGGUGGCCCAAUCCCAGAACCCAUUUCUUCUUCUUCUUCUUCUAGUACUACUACUGCUACUACUAGUACUAGUACUACCACCAACCCUAAGCAUGCCCAGAAGAAGCUAUCUCUGUCUUCCCCUUCACCAGCUUCUUCUUCUUCUUCCUCUUCUUCACCUUUUGCUUCGUUAAAUGUUCCUGUAUCUUCCGUUCAUGGCUUGCCCACUUCGUCUUCUUGGCCUCAUUCUGAUGAGUUGGAUUGGGUAUCAGUGGAUGAGGGGUAUCCAGACGAAGACACUUCAUAUGGGUUUGUUGAUGAUUAUUUUGGUCUCGGUCCUGUUCCUUCCGAUUUUGAAGUUCACAACGCUAUUUCUGCUCUUCAACAGGUUUUCAAUGCUGAUUCUUACUCCAACCUUAUAAGGGAUAGGUUUUCUCUUGAAUUGGAUAGGGAUCAUGAAGAUCAUCUAGUCAUGAGUCCAACUGGUUUAGCACGAGUAGUUUCUCCGGUAGUGUCUGAUGAGUCCGAUUCAGAUUGGAUGGAACCAUCAAUUUGUAUGUGUAAUUCUAAAUUGCUGCAGUAUCAUGGAUCCGAUCGAGUUUAUGAUGCUUUCAAUCUGUUGCGGACUGAGCCAUUAGUACAGAAAAUGGUGAAAUCAUUGUCUUCUGAUGAAGCAGUUUGGAAUGCUGUUAUGAACAAUGAGGUAGUGAGGGAGCUGAAAGAGUCAUUUUCUGCAGCUGAGGAUGGUGGCGAAAAGAAUUGGGAUGGGAGGCCUAAGGAGGAAUGUAAUGAAGCCACAAAUAUAGUGAAAUUGAUAUUUGAUAGCACCAGAGGAAAAAUCAUGCAAGUAAUUGAAAAAAUUACAAAGAUAAUGAACGACUUGUUUCAACCACCAGAGAAGGAAAAGACAACAGCAUCAGAAAUGGCUGAUCUUUUCAAGGAGAAACUGAGGACCUCUUUCAUGCUCUCCAUUAUGGUUCUUCUAGUUGUGGUCAUUACUCGAUCACACAAGGCUUGACUACAAUCUGACGACAUCACAUGUGGAUUUUCACUUUCAAGUGUUAAGAUCUUUUUCUUUUA